AGUGUGCUGUGACAGGUCGGCAUGCUGUCAGUCGUUUUUCCGAGAAAAAGAAAGCAUCUGCGAGUGAAAAUUGCUGAUUUGUCCCGGUGUGUGCAAUAGAUUGUGUCUGUCUCGUAAAAAACAACCAGAAACGUCUCGUCUGCUCCGCCGUAUCCAGAAAAAUCCUCAUCCAUUAAGCCAUUCCAGCCAAUCUCUUCGAAUUGUUUGUUCCCGUUCGUUAAUCAACCGGUGUACGGUGCAAAAGUGCAUCUCGUAGUGUAAAACAAACCCUUUUUUUACCCCGUAAAGCUCUUUCACUGUUUCGUGGGUGGAGAAAGAGAACGACGACACCGAGUACGCACUGCGGCGGAGCAGUCUGAACGAGACAGCGUAGGGUGACGAUAGCCAAACUCACGCGUACACACAUACACGCCGGCCCCACAGCGAGAGAGAAAAAUGUCUGGCAACGGUGGCGAAACGUUCGUCGUGCUUCCGCCGUGCACGGAAUCCAACCGGAAGCAGAUCAUUUUCGGCCGCAACGGCACGGGAUCGACCGAGCGCGUUACGGAGGUCGUCUAUCUGCCGGCAGCGGAUGGCAGUGAACCAAUCACCCUGCCCAGCGGUUGCGAGAUCGAGGGAGCGGCCAGCUUUGGUGUGAUCCUCAAUAAACCGGCAGGCAGUUGGGGUGCGGAAAGUGGUUCCAACGAAAAAGCGGUCACGAUCGGUCUAUCGUACAGUGAGGGUUCAGGCGCGGAAGGUAAAGUGUCGGCGCUAGACUUGGUACGGCUGGGGCUGGAGCGUGGUGAUAGUGCGUCCGGUGCUCUCGAUAAGCUGGUGGCGCUCGUCGAGCAACACUGCCCGGAGGACCGGAACGCACUGAAGGCUGCCUUUGUAGUAUGUGAUCCGGCGGCCGUAUGGCUGCUAAACGUAGCGGGCCAAUUUUGGGCAGCAAAGCAGGUCCAAGACAGUAGCAUAGCGUUGGCCGCCACAGGUCUCACGAUCGGUACCGGCUUCGACCGCAGUUCGGACGAUCUCGCUUCGAAAGCGCAGGCGGCAGGAGCGUGGGACGGAGCCGGCGAGUUUAGUUUUAGUGAUGCAUUUGGCGGUAGCCCGGCUACGGCUGCCGUCCGUUCCUGGCCGGCAAACGAACCGGGUGCGGAAGGAGCAUUCGGGUUGAAGCAAAUGUUCGAAUGCCUGCGUGCGGUCGGUUCCGAUCCACCGACCGGCUCGAGCCAGGUUUCGGUUUUGAGUGGGGAAGGAGAGCUUGCCUGCCACUGGUUUACCGCAACACCGCAGGUCGGUGAGUCGGUCUUCAAACCAUUUAUCUUUACUGCCGGGGCGAAGAUUUCGCCCCUGACGCGGGUGCCGGACGGUGGGGAAACGCAAACGCUGCUGCACCGGCUGCAUAGCAACCGAAAGUGGGAGCUGGUCGGCAGUUUGCUUAGCUCGCUGGAGGCCACCUGCAUGGACGAGGUCAAUCGCUUCCUGAGCGAACACUCGGGCGAAGCGAGCCAUGAGCUGGACGAACUUAUGAAAGACUGCGUCGAGGCGGAGGUGAAGUUCUAUCGCUAGGGUGCGAACCAGCGAACGUUCCCCACUCGCACAAACUGGCAAAAUGAACCACUAGCUGCCGUGGGUGUUUCAGUUCUGCGUGGUGGAGAGAUAUGGGAAAACGCUAUAUUGGCUUAGCGAAGCUGUGGGAAGAUGUGCUAAAUAAUUCUUAAUUUCUCGACUUUCCGGUCCCGAAGCGUCGCAGAACUGAACACGCCACACGGCGUAACUCGAAACUCACUACCCUACAGGACAGUACGGCACUGCUGCGAUAUAUUAACAUUUAACGAUAGAACGAAAAAGUCGGUAGGCCUUACAUUCCUUUCGUCACUGCUUAAAGGAACGUCAGGGGUGGCCCCGUUUUGACUUUAUGUGAUUAUUUUUUGUUUUUUCUAUGUGUUUGCGUUUAGCGUGUGUGUGCGUGUUUGUUUUUUUAUAUGUUGUAGUUUUGUUGAUCCUUAUUUUAUGUGCUGAUGCUUUUGCCAGAUUCUUCGUUUUGUUACAGAUCUCCAGGGCUGAUUGCAUUUUGUUUGCUGUAUUAUCAUAGCGUUAAGGAUUUCAAUAUGCAAACUGAAACUAUUCAUUCCACGAUUUCUAUGAUUUUGACCAGUAUUGCAAGCCUCUCUACGGAAAUGUUAUUAUUUUGCAUAAUGUUGCGUUUAAAAAUCGGAAAGCCAAAAUUGUAACGAUUGCUGUUAAUGUAAGUGGAAAAAAGUGUGGAGAUUUCGUGAAACUCAAGUAUUCAUCGCAACCGAUGCUAUAAAAGUCGCUUAACCAUUUGUUUGCGGUUGGUACGCUUAUUUAUCCUAAAAGGAUGUUAAUGUGUGGGUUAUUGUGUGUAUUUUUGUUUCCCUUAAACAAUGAAAUAACUGAAUCAAAAUGUUCUUGAAUUGUACGCAUUCCGUUAGGAUCGGAGAGCACACACACACAUACACACUCCAUUAGCAGUCGAGUAUGAUUUCAGCCAAAUAAUUAAUAGUAAAGACUGGCAGACCAUGUCCCAUGUAGCGCUGCGUUGUUGGUCCGCCCAACUCAAACCCGACACACAUUCUCACUCUCUAUUGACUCUUAGUAAUGGAAAACGAAACCCCUAGUUAUUCGCAUUAUAAUAUUCGUACACAUUCGUAAAGGAAAAAAAAAACAUUCGGCUUGAAAAAGUAUAAGGAAACGCGCUCGAAAAGCCCGCUCGAAGAAAAGAAUGUUGCCUGCUCGCCCGUGUACUGUAUUAGGCAGCCGAAAGAAGGCGGUAGGAAAAGCAUAAGCGGACAAACAUACAUUCAACAUUCAAUAGCAAUCAAUACAACAAUAGCGAUGCAAUCAGGUGGUUUUUAGGCUUGCAGGAGGCUUCAGACCGGACGCAACAACAGGAUGAUAACGCAUAAAACAUACAUUUAUCAAUAAUACCCUUCAAGCCGGACAGUGGCGGCCGAAUGCGCCUACUAUGUGAUCGUUUGUGUGUGAAGCAACAACAGCAAGAUCGUCUUCGUAAUAAUGAACCAAAUAAUAAUAAAAGAAAGACCUAUGUUUACCAGAAUGAAACUG